AUGUCAACCAAACAUACGAAAAAACCUGAGCUCGCGCCUCACGCUCCAGACGGCGAGGAGUUUUAUCGGGCAAAGGCAAAUUCUCUACGCCAGCUGGCUGCCCUAAAUUUAUUUCUAACAGAGGAGCAGUUGGCCAAAUUCGACGAAAGUGAGUUGCAGGUGCGGUUGGAUUUAAUCGAGCGCAUGUACUCUGAUUUCGAUAGCUCUCGACUUAACCUCGAACGGCUUGUGAUCGAGGAGCUGGAGUCGGAUGCGCGCUUAACCUUUACCACGGCAUAUUGUGAGACGAAAGGAAGGAUCUGCCGCCAUCUCAAUAGUGAAAAGAGAAAGUCGUUGGCAAAUUCAACUGAGCUGCAUGGCAUCCUCGGUGGCCACACUGCCGCCUUCAAGUGCAACUCGCGGCCCACCAGGCUACCGGAAUUUCAGCUUCCGCGAUUUGGCGGAGCAUACAUCGAUUGGCCGGAUUUCUUCGCCAUGUUCAACACGGUAGUGGGAAAGAACGAAGACCUAACAAAGGUGGAAAAAUUCCAGCAUCUUCGUGCAUGUUUGGACGGCAUAGCGCUGGAUGCAAUUCGCUCUCUAGAGCCCACGGAAAAUAAUUACGACAGGGCUUUGGAAUUAUUAACCUCGAGAUUUGAUAAUAAAUUAUUGCACUUUCAGGCUCAUGUUCGGUCUUUAUUCAAGCUACCAGGGGUGGAGAAGGGAUCCGCAAGUAGCCUGCGGCAGUUGAGCGACAAGGCAAAUUCUCAUUUGCGCGCCCUGGCUACUAUGGCCUCUACGAAGGAAAUCUAUGACGGCCUUUUAAUCCAUCUCAUCGUUUCAAAACUGGACAUUUAG